AUGGCAGAUCGUAGGGCUACAGAGAUUGAGCUUGAUACCAUGGAGGGUUUUGCGUCAAGGGAAAAGCUCCACCAUCAUCUCAACGACCAAGCUGAUUUGAUACAAGAAAUUGACAGCAAACUACCUGUUGUACAGCUUGCUCUUGAGCUCACUCACAAGAUCUUUGGUUCUUGUCCACCUAUGCAAAGUUUUGAUCCAGCCAAGAUGCUCACACCUUUUAGCUUCAAUGUACUUAAAUUGGCUACAAGAAAUUUCCGACUCGAUAAUGUUCUUGGAGAAGGUGGAUCUGGGUCGGUUUUCAAAGGAUGGAUCGAUGAACAAUCUGUUAAGAGAUUAAAUCAAGCGAUCUUUAAGUCAUCUGGCCCAUGUUGUUUAACCAUUCAACUGAUGGAUGUUGGGAAUGCAAAGACUGAUGUGGUUGCGGUUUCUGUGGAUCAUAAUUUUUCAACUUAUCUUCACAAUGGUUUUCUUUCUGUUGUGCCUGGAAAAAAGGAUUCUGGUAUUAUGUUGCAGAGAAAUAAAUGCCAAUUCUCAGGUAUUGAUGAAUCUUCUGCUAUAUCAGCUGUCAUGGAAGGCGUACAUGUGGUGAAUGGUUUGGAGUAUAAGAUGUAUUGCAGCUCAUCAAAGGCUGAUUCAGUUGUAGUGGCACAAAUCACAUACCAAUCAAUGUUUAAGCUUUAUCCAAAGCUUUCAGGGAUGACAGGAACUGCAAAAACUGAACAUCCUACUUUCAUUGCUUUCUACCAUACUAGCAUACUCUUUAAAAAAGAUAUCUUUCAUAAGGCACUGUACUUUGAAAACUAUACCACUUAUGAGUCAAUUGAAAUGAGCCAGUCAAUGGGUUUAGAUGAACUGCAAAGGCUUGUGGAAGAACAGGCAGAGAUGUACCCUCUUGGUCCUUGCAUUGCAAUUGCCUAUUUAUCGGUUCUAAAGGACUGUGAGAUUCAUUGCUUUCAUGAAGGAUUGGAAGUCAAACGACUUGGUGGUCUCCAUGUCAUUGGGACAUCUUUGCAUGAGUCCCGAAGAAUUGAUAAUCAGCUUCGUGGCAGAGCAGGAAGGCAAGGAGAUCCUGGAUCAACACGCUUCAUGGUCAGGUAA